AUGAGAGAUAGCGUGAACCGCGGUGCAUACAUCCUCUCCAUUCUUCUCCUAUACCUUGAUUGCGGCUUGUUUACCCCAGUACCCCAGCCUGCAACGCUAACCAUGAGCAUCACGAGAUCCGUUGAAUACUGUCACAGACUUCGACAGCUAGCCGCGGAUCAGCUGCGAGCCGUCACAGAGUAUACUAUUCGAGGUCAUAUGGGCCCCGAGCAGGAACUCGCCUUGCAGUUAGAAAUCCUCAGAAUAGCCACGAACAUACAGCGAAUGAUGCCGCCAUUGGUCGAUCAGGAGGGAGAGGGCCGCAUUAUUGCCGAUCAAGCUGUGUCUUCCCUGUUGCAGGCGUCUGAUGAUAUAGCCUCAAUACGCGGCAGUUACGGGGAGAGAGUAUAG